AUGGGUGAGAAUCCUAGAAGUGCUCUGGAGUAUGGGCACUUAGGACAUGCGACCUAUUAUCCAGAGUUACGGUCCUGGACUUUCCCUCGUACCCUGGCUAAAUCGCCUUUGGUCUCAUACUCAGGAAUAACGAAAACAACCGUGCCAUCCCCAAUAAGCGCUCCUAGGACUUCUUUGCAGGGUAAUAAUGGUACUCUAGCGAGAAUAUACCCACAAAUUGCUCCAAGUUGGCCUUGUAUUCGUGACGAAAGACUUUCUCGUGUCAUCUCAGCGACAACCAAUGUUUGCGAACCUCGGGUUGCCUCGCUUUUUGAUCUGGGAAAUGCCGCAGAUGUCGAUAAUGAUGUAUCGGGUCGCGUAUUCCCAAUCGCGGUGUUUGCUACUGGGGAGUGUGGUGAUACAAUUUGCUUUCGAAAAAUUGAAGAUGAUGCAGUAGAAUUGCGACAAGAAUCAGUAUGGAUGAGAGUUCCAUCAGUGGGUGGAGAAGAGACCACUGAAUGGUCUGGAUGUGGUGCUCCUGUUCGCCAGAUUCGCUUCGCGCGGACGGUAGAUGCGAAGUCGACUUGGAUGGCCGCACGUUUUCCUCUGUUCACCGCGAUUUUCAGACCGUUGUAUCAUCGAAAUCCUGUUGCUAUGCACUUCGAUCACGAUGGCUUUUAUGGUUCAUCAUUUAAAUUGCACAAUUCACGUCUUGAUGCCAAUGCUUUGAUUGAGAUAUCGGCUUCCCAAACAGGCGGAUUUGUACAUGCUGAUGUGACGUUCAACCCCUGGUAUCAGAAACAGGUUGCCAUCGUGGAUGAAACAGGAAACUGGAGUAUAUGGGAAAUUUCUAGCCGACAGAAGCAGAAUAAGAGCAGCUGGAAUGCGGACUGCGUGCGGUCAGGAUCGCUGCCUCGGGUGGAUCCCAGUGACAAUGCGGAUUUGCAUAACCAAGCCCGUCAUGAUGGCUGGGCAGCUAUUGAGUGGGUUGCGGACUUCAAUAGCUUCAUUGUUUCUGACAGACGCUGUGUGUCUAUUUACCGAAUGGAUGGUGACCAGACCAUAUGCUAUCCAAUCGAGCUCGGAUUUGAGAGAAAAUCUGAAUGGGUUUUGGAUGUCAAGCGCAGCUCUUAUGAUAUGUCACACGUUUUCAUCCUAACAACAUCUCGCAUUUUCUGGUUCGAUAUCACAACCAGCACCAUCUUGGCCAGUACAGAAGAGGGAAGACUAUCUCCCAAACCCCGUCUAUCUUGGCGCCAUUUUCGAGAUUUCGAAGACACGACCUUGCGGUUGAGUUUUCUGCUUGUUGGUGAAAAUUUAUACUUGAUUUUAUACUCUCGGCUUAAUCGCCUUGUGCAGGUUUUCCAAUAUCCUACCUCUCAAACAGAGCCCCUUUCCAUUCCGGACCCAUUUUUGUUGAACAUUCCGUCUAGAUCUGAGAAUCUAGCGGAUUCUCAUACACCUGGAUAUGACGUACAAUUCACAACCUUGGUGUUUAAAGAGGUCGCAUAUUCGUUGUCGAGUAAAAAAGGCCAUGGCCCGACCAUUAGACCUAUAAAGCUUUUUGCGCUUGAUUCUCAACUCGCUCUGCAUGAAUCUAUAUAUUUUGGACCGGGAGACGAUUAUCAUGGUGAAGAAAAUCUACCUGGGGGUGAAAUCCUACGGGCAAGGAAACGUUUCCCGGGAGGCCAUGGUAACAAGAGGUGGUAUAGCGACUUUGUCGUUGAUGACUGGGAUGAAUCCAUAUCCAUUGCCGAUUUACUAACAAGACGGAAUACUUGGGCCUUCACUCCCACGCCUCCGACGGGCUCGUCAUGGACCUUCGACUUCACGCAAAUCUACCAAGUUACCAUGGGCGAGCUAACAGUGACUUCAAAACAAGCAAACCAGAAGCAGCAACCUGAAAAAUGCUUCAGGGAAUUGCUUAGAGAGUUGGAGAACAGGAUUUCGAAAAGAGCCCUGAGUACACUAUCCACAAAUCAAACAAUACUCGAAAUUCUCAGCGGCAGCCCUUCCCUAGACGAUAUUGAUCAGAAUGCGCGAGAUUUGAACCUCCUCGUGUCAGUCAACAUGCGUAAAAAUACUGACUCUCAGAACCCGCCUUUAUUUGUGAUCUUAAAGUCAAGUGUUCCUAGCACAAUGUCUGUGGAGCUUGGAAGCAGACUGCAGUUAUCUUCUAAUUUGGAUCUUGUGGCCAUGUACGAUCGUCUGGCCAACGACUGGCUGUCGAACUUGUCGCAUGAUAUACCAGGACGUACCCGAUUAUUAAAAGAAAGAAUAAUACGAGGCAUCGCCGCUGAAAUAGUUUUAUCCAGGGUCAAGAUAAUCCCUACGGUAGCUCGUGUCCCGGACCGGGCUGGUGCUGAAGACCUGCGCAAUGAUCGGGAAAUUACGGCGAUGACAAGUCCACCUAGGAGCGUCCAUGUGACCGAGUUAGAAUUGCCUCUGACGCCAAGUGUCGAUGUGCGUCCUGCCUCGCUUUCGAUAGAACGUGAGUUGGGUGUUGCAGCCGGAAAAGAAGAAAUCCCAGGACGACGAGCACGACAGGGCGACCAAGUGAACCCGGAUUUCGCAACUUUGUCCACAUUGACAACAGUCAAUGGCCGCAGGCCACUUUCUCGGAUUGCAACUUCCAUACUUUCUCACUGGCAUGUUGGAAUGGACCCGUGCAAUUACGACUGGCAUAAAUCAUCACAGGCACAAGACAAUGAAGAAGCUAGAGCUACGACGCCAAAACAUAGAUCAAGAAGGAAGGUAUCUAAUGGCCUUAGUCUCGAAUCUUCGACGCAUCCGUCUACGUCUUCGGCUGCUCCUGUUGUCCGGGAAUGGGGCAGUCAACCGCAAACAGAACCGCCAAGAGUACAGUUGAAGAGCAGCCAAGUCACAGAAGAUAGUCUGCCUAUGACCCAAGUAGAGAGGGGUAUUUUCGGUGGUCGGGAAGGCAAUCGUAGGGGCAAUGAAAAGGGGAGGAAAAAGAGGAGGGCAGCUGGCUUUUGA